AUGCGGCCCCCUCUUCCCAGCCAUUGGUGGCUGAUUCUCAUCAUAAUAUGCAACAAAUCCGUCGACACAAAACGCUCAAUGGGAGCUUUAAAGUCAGACGAGGAUUUUGUAUAUUUGGACCGAUUCUGUUUUCAAUCGGAUACUGGCUCCCUUGAGUAUUCUUUCAAAUAUCCACUGUUCUAUCCCACUCAGAUGCUUCUAUUCUACUAUGAUACUCCUGAUCAAUGGCCAAGAGCUUACAAAGAGUUGACGAGUUGCUCCGAAAGAGUUGAGAUUUUAACAAAUAAAUCGGAAAAUAACCAGAUAAUAUUCCUUGACCCAUACAUGACUGAUUAUGGUAUUUCGGGAAAGUGUAAAAUAUUUAAAGAUGCAUUCAAUGAGCCAUGGGUACAUUGUAUGGGCACGAGAAUUUUUAGAUCAGCUAGGAGUCGUUGGUGGUUCUUAGCGUUGGCAAAUUGCGUUCCUGGAGAAAAUGAGGAACGCCAUCUGUACAAUAAUGAAAGCAUUGGAAUCUACGUGGAUUUCACACUUCAAAUGACAAACGGAUUACCUAGCGAGUUUCUCAAAUAUCAAUUUUCAAUCGACGAAUGGUCUAAUCUGUUUUUUUUAGUAAUACUUCCAUCCGAUACUAUAUUCAUAUGUCUACAAUUCAUCUUGAUUAUCAUAACUUACAUCAUCGGAGUUGCCUUGACGAAUCGACGUCUUUACCAUAACACGUUCCGAAUGUGUGCUCAAUCGAUCGUCAUGAACACAGUCGGUCUUGGUUUGUUGGUGACCCACUACACAAUGUACGCUCUCGAUGGAAUGGGUUUUCCGGUUUUUAAAUCUCUUGGCUCAUUCAUAAGAGCUGUUGCUGAUAUGUUAUUUGUUUACAUGAUUCUGGUAUUGUCAAGAGGGUUAAAUGUGACCAAAAUGAGGCUAACAAUGGCUGAUAAAUGUUUCCUUUCACUCAUGGUCAUCUUCUUUUUUCUGUCGUACCUUUUCAUGCAAUUUUGCGAAAUUCGAUACUUCAAUCCCGCUGAAGUGAUAUCGGAAACUGAGACAUUGCCUGGUUAUUUCCUGGGAAUUUGGAGAAUUGUUGCUUGGAUAUUCUUUGUAAUCGCUUCCUGUUUCUCAGCAGAUGCUUCGCCACCGAAACGAUUGUUUUUCAGCCACCUUGUCGUAAUGCUAACUCCAUGGUUCUGGGCUCCACCAGUUGCUCAAAUUAUUGCGAAUUUCGCCUUGAAUAGUUGGGUACGGGCGGAAGUUGCCAACAUCGCUAACAAUAUUAUUACAUUCUAUGGAUAUCUCGUAUUUUUGUGGCUCGCACGACCAACUGAUGGCAAUCAAAAUUUCCCAUUCCAUAUUAGGACAACUCAAGUUGACGUCAAUGUUGGAUUUGAUCCCAACAUCGCCUACACAAGCAAUCCGACAAAUGUCAACGACGGAAUGCAUGGAACUGUGGACUACGAAAUGUCGAGUGGCACAUCAUCACCUCGCGCGAUUAAGCCACCGGCCCCGCCUCGUAGAAAGCCAAUCGGCACCAUUGAAAGACCACAGAUUUCCUGA